GGCCCGCACUGACACUCAUAGAGAGACAGCCGGGGAAAUAUGGAGAGAGACAGACACUGUGUGAGAGCUUCACCCUCUGAGAGCAACUCCGGAGUCAGUGCUGAGAGACACAGAGACCGCUGACACCACAGUGCUGGUUCUCAUCCAGCCAUCAGAAGUGGCGGCUGUGACAAAGGGAUAUUGUGCUGGAUUCAGCAUGCUCACCGAGCCAGACGCACCGCCGGAGUUUGAGAGGAUGUCUUCCAAGAGACCGGCCUCUCCGUAUGGGGAUGCAGAUGGAGAGGUAGCCAUGGUGACAAGCCGGCAGAAAAUGGAAGACGACGAGAGUGGUGCCCUCGCAGCCUUUCACCUUCCCUUGCACGCCAGUUUCCCCAACAAGCCUCACGCUGAAGAGUUCCAGGCGGUUUCUUUGCUGACGCAAGAUGCCUGCGAUCACAGGAGCCCCACGUACCAACACAGCUCAAUGGAUAUUGAUGGCAAUAAAGUCGUCUCUUCUUUCGCCCCGCACAUCUCAGCUACCUCACCCAUGAAGGCCGAUGAAGGUGGGAGGCAAAGUGGCGAAUCUGUGACAAAUAACGCGCUGGGAACGCCCGAGAGGCGCAAAGGUAGCUUAGCGGACGUGGUGGACUCGCUGAAACAGAGGAAAAUGGAGGAGCUGAUUAAAAGCGAGCCAGAAGAAACGCCCAGCAUUGAGAAGCUUUUGUCGAAGGACUGGAAGGACAAGCUUCUGGCCAUGGGAUCGGGGAACCUGGGCGACAUAAAAGGGACCCCUGAGAGUCUGGCGGAGAAGGAGCGGCAGUUGAUGGCAAUGAUCAAUCAGCUGACCAGUCUUCGGGAACAGCUGCUGGCAGCACACGAUGAGCAGAAGAAGCUGGCCGCCUCGCAAAUGGAGAAACAGCGCCAGCAGAUGGAGCUGGCCAAACAGCAGCAAGAACAGAUUGCAAGACAACAGCAACAACUAUUACAACAGCAGCAUAAAAUCAACCUACUGCAGCAACAAAUCCAGGUUCAGGGUCAGUUGCCCCCUUUAAUGAUCCCCGUGUUCCCUCCUGACCAGAGGGCGCUCGCGGCUGCGGCUCAGCAAGGCUUCCUCAUCCCCCCAGGAUUCAGCUACAAGGCCGGAUGCAGUGACCCCUACCCCGUUCAGCUGAUUCCCACUACCAUGGCAGCUGCUGCCGCGGCAACGCCAGGCCUGGGGCCUCUCCAACUACAGCAAUUGUAUGCCGCUCAGCUGGCUGCCAUGCAAGUCUCCCCGGGGCACAAAAUACCUGGCAUGCCGCAGGGGAACCUUGGUGCCAUGUCUCCGACGAAUAUGAACACAGAGAAGUGCACAAGCAGCCCUCCACCCAAAUCUAAGGACAAGCAGUCCUUGGAUUGUCUGUCCCAGCAGAUGGCAGUCAAGCAAAAUGAUGACGGAAAGUUCAGUCACACCAUGAUGGAUUUUAAUCUGAGCGGAGACUCUGAUGGGAGUGCUGGCGUGUCCGAGUCCCGGAUAUAUCGAGAGUCCCGGGGACGCGGCAGCAGCGAGCCACAUAUCAAACGCCCAAUGAACGCCUUCAUGGUGUGGGCAAAGGACGAGCGGAGGAAGAUUCUGCAGGCUUUCCCUGACAUGCACAAUUCAAACAUCAGCAAAAUACUAGGGUCUCGCUGGAAAGCCAUGACGAAUCUGGAGAAGCAGCCUUACUACGAGGAACAAGCUCGACUCAGCAAGCAGCACCUGGAGAAAUACCCAGACUACAAGUACAAGCCGCGGCCAAAACGUACCUGCUUAGUUGACGGCAAGAAGCUGCGGAUCGGCGAGUACAAGGCAAUUAUGCGCAGCCGGCGGCAAGAAAUGAGACAGUAUUUUAAUGUAGGGCAACAAGCACAAAUCCCCAUCACUACAACGGGAGUGGUGUACCCAGGAGCCAUCGCAAUGGCGGGCAUGCCAUCACCUCACUUGCCGUCGGAGCAUUCGAGCGUCUCGAGCAGUCCUGAGCCCGGCAUGCAGGUCAUCCAAAGCACUUUCAGCAUCAAAGGAGAGGAGCCCCACAUCAAGGAGGAGAUCCAAAACGACCACAUGAACGGUGAAAUUUAUGACGAGUACGAGGAGGACGACGAUCCAGACGCAGAUUUUGUCAGUGACAGUGAACAUCACAGUGCGGGACAAGCCAACUGAUGCAGGGGGGGUAAACGGCUGGAACUUUGAGGACUUAAUAAUGCCAAACCCCGACUUGCCUUCAUCAGUGGUGAAGCAUGAGCUUUUUGGAUACACUGACUGUUACUUUAACUGUUCUUUAAAUAAAAAUAAAAAAAUUGCUGGGACUUUAACUGACGGAAUAAACUCUUGACCCAACGGGUUAGAAAAAAUAAAUUGAAAAACACAAAAUACCACAGAUUUUCCACCAAAAGAACGGGAUAAGCUAUGGGUAAACUAAUGCCAGUAAUCUAGCUGCUCAGCACUGACGUCUUACCCUUCAACCUUUUUUUUUUUUUCAUAUAUAAAAAACAAAAAAAAAAAAAACAACAAAAAACUUGGCUGUUUGUUCUACAAUGUUCUAGAAAAUCUCACUCAGGUACACAGUGCCAACAAGUGGCUUGUGAAUGUGUUUUGUCGUUUUGUGCUAAAGUUUAAAGAGGAAUAAGAAUUUUUUUUUUUGGUAACGCACCUGAAAAAAAAAAAGAAAUAGAAGCUCCUGACUGGCACCUACCCUUCCAUCAUUUUCCCUGGCGUUGUGGGUGGAUCCAAGGGACUGUCGUGUGUGUGUGCCUGUGUGUGUGCGUGUGGACACCCCAAUCUUUUCCAUCUGUACCAUGGACAUAUUUCCUCAUCUGUUGCAUUUCUUAUUAGCAAGUGCCAAAUUUGUAAUGACGUGCUGAAUUAGCUUAUAAUUAUUAUUUUUUUAAUUUCUGGUCUGUCUUAAGUUUAGGACAGUAUUACUUCUUAGACAAUCUCUUAAAGAACUGACAAUUGACCAGCAGCUG